AUACAGGUAUUUAUAACGUUAAGCGUUAAUCAGUGUUUUUUACACUAAUAUAAACUUUGAUAUGCUUGCGACAUUGACAAUAAAUUGAAAUCAACGUUCUACCGAUUUUCUGAUUAUCAUUUAAUGUGGUGGUAUAAAACCUAAGCACAUCUCAAAUUGGAAGCACUCGAUAAACUGGUGUGUUUCUAUCUGUCGAGACAUUCACGAAACAUUGUGAAAGUAGUCAAUACGGUGCAUCGUGAUUACGUAUCUUGCACAUUGGCUUUUGACUGGGUCACUUUAGGUGAUAAGUAACGCGAUAUUCCUCGUACGAGACUUGAUGAGUUCGACAGUUGACGACCUCGGGAAUGGAAUUCGUUUUACAGAUCGUUAUAUUUUUCAUGUCCUGCUAUGGAAGUCUCAGCGAUACAAAUUGGACUAAAUGUGUGCCGGAUGCGAACUCCGACGUUUUCUUCGUGCACGAGAUGGUAGUAUCCCCGGUAGUCGUGCAGCUUCCGGGACUCUACAACAUCUCCUUUGACGGCGUCGCUGCCCGUGAGAUUGAGAAGCUCGUGAUCGACGUUCAGAUAGGGCUGCAAAAUGCCUCCACGGCGGAAGUGGAGCGGGUGUAUCCCGUGGAGACAGAGUUUAUACGUGUCUACGACGGCUGUUUUCUCAUUGACAAGCUGUUGUUUGCCAGCCCUGAGCGGAUCAAGGACCACAUUGACAUCCAGAUUGACAAGCUGUAUACGCAGGCACUGCACUAUCACGCCGGCUGCCCACUGCUGAAGGGCCGGGUUGCAUUCAGAGACCAGCCCCUUCUGCUUCCCUUCGACCUUGUUCAACUCAACCUUCUACCAAAGGGGCGAUAUCUAGUGAACGUGCAAUUCCGAGAAAAGAGCGGUGCUUAUCUGGGCUGCAUAGACUCACAUUUGAACUUCGGCGGACAUAUAAUAAACUAAAACGAUAAAAAGUAAAACGUAUUUAAGUUA